CUGUGCGCCGGCAUGGAAACCUAAAUAGAAAUCAACUUCUUAACACAAAAAAAAAAAAAAAAGAUUCGAUUUUUCCGCCUAAACCCGUUGCCGAAAGCAUGGAACUUUCUUUUCUAGAAUUAAAACAGAGCGUUCUGUUUCCUUCUGGGCCUUGUCUUUAGCGUCCGUGAGACGUGGACAAAGGAUCGCCAUCAGACACGAGAACCCUCCACGUAAGCUCUUUCCCCUUCCUCGUGACGUGUUUCUUCAUUUCUGGGUUUUGGGGUUUCCCCUAGAAAACGCCAAUGAGCAACUUUUUUUUCUGAGGGCUCACGAUUCGAAACGGUCAUUAUAGAAGAUGACAAGUGUCAAGAGGAAACUAGACGAUGAACUGGCGUCUCCUUGGUUCUACACCGUUUGUACCAUGGGAGGAAUGCUCAGUGCUGGAACAACACAUCUCGCUAUUACCCCUCUUGAUGUCCUCAAAGUCAACAUGCAGGUGAAUCCUGUGAAGUACAACAGCAUUCCCUCAGGUUUCUCCACACUCUUAAGAGAACAUGGCCGUUCCUAUCUCUGGAGAGGUUGGUCAGGGAAGCUCUUAGGCUAUGGCGUUCAAGGCGGAUGCAGAUUCGGACUCUAUGAAUACUUCAAGAGGCUUUACAGCAAUGUCUUGCCUAACCACAACAGAACUUCCAUAUAUUUUCUCAGUAGCGCUUCUGCUCAGAUAUUCGCAGAUAUGGCCUUGUGUCCUUUUGAAGCUAUUAAAGUUAGAGUUCAGACGCAGCCCAUGUUUGCAAAAGGGUUGCUUGAUGGGUUUCCAAGAGUAUAUAGAAACGAAGGUCUUGCUGGCUUUCACAGGGGGCUUUUCCCGCUCUGGUGUCGCAAUCUCCCAUUUUCUAUGGUGAUGUUCUCAACGUUUGAGCAGUCAGUGGAGUUUAUAUAUAAGAACAUCAUCCAGAAAAGGAAGCAAGAUUGCUCUAAGUCGCAACAACUCGGUGUCACAUGUCUAGCUGGGUACACUGCUGGAGCCGUAGGUACAAUCAUCUCUAACCCCGCUGAUGUGGUUGUUUCGUCUCUCUACAACAACAAAGCCAAGAAUGUGUUGCAGGCUGUGAGGAACAUUGGGUUAGUUGGCCUUUUCACCAGGAGUCUUCCUGUUCGAAUCACCAUAGUGGGGCCUGUCAUAACCUUACAAUGGUUUUUUUAUGACGCCAUCAAAGUCUUGAGUGGAUUCCCUACAAGUGGAGGAGUUGAGAAACCGGUGGAUGCAACUAAAUUAGCAGUGUGAGGCUUAGAAGAGUAGAUUUUUCAUGUCAACUUCAGAACCAGAAACUCAAAACAUAUUAUUAUGUAAGAUUGUUAUGCAAGUAGAUAUCAUCUUGUGAGUGUGUCGUGUAGCGGUUCAAUGACCGUUUUGAUCUGUUUUUUCUUUCACUGCAAAUGCAUUUGUUCAACCUCUGGAUUUGGAUUGUAAGUAAAGUGCCAAUAAUGAUAUUUUUGAACUUAUAUAUUGGUUAUGUUACGGACCA